CGUCCUCGUGGGCGCACAUUCCCUUCUAAUAGGGCCACGUGUCUCUGGGCCCUGCACGGACCCUAGAAGCGCUUCAGGCUUGAGUUCAGCACAAGCCGGAAGGGGCGGGUCUUGUUGCUAUAGCGCUCGCCUCUUUCUAAUCCUAGCGUUUUGCCUACGUCAUCCUCGGUCGACGGAAGCGUGCGUUAGCCGGGCUGAGGAAGAUGGCGGCCGCGAAGCGGAGCGUCCUGUCGUCGUUGGCGGUUUACGCAGAGGAUUCCGAGCCCGAAUCCGACAGCGAGGCCGGCGCGGCUGGGAGCGAUGGAGGGACGGCAGCGGAAAAAGGAGGUCUGGUGUCAGAAGCAUAUGGCGAAGAUGAUUUCACCCGGUUGGAAGGAGAUGAGGAUGGGUAUGAGGAAGAGGAUGAUGAAAACAGCAGACAUUCAGAAGAUGACGAUUCAGAGACUGAAAAACCUGAGGCUGGUGACCUAAAGGAGUUCUCAGAACUGGAGAAGAGAGAUCCCCAGGAGCUAGUUGCCUCCUUUUCAGAGCGAGUAAGAAAUAUGUCUCCAGAUGAGAUCAAAAUCCCUCCAGAACCCCCAGGCAGGUGUUCCAACCACUUACAGGAUAAGAUUCAAAAGUUGUACGAUAGGAAGAUGAAAGAGGGCAUGGACAUGAACUACAUCAUUCAGAGGAAGAAGGAAUUUCGUAAUCCCAGCAUCUAUGAAAAGCUGAUCCAGUUUUGUGCAAUCGACGAACUUGGUACGAAUUAUCCCAAGGACAUGUUUGACCCUCAUGGGUGGUCUGAGGACUCCUACUAUGAGGCGCUAGCCAAAGCACAGAAGAUUGAAAUGGACAAACUGGAAAAGGCCAAGAAGGAGCGCACAAAGAUCGAAUUUGUGACUGGCACUAAGAAGGGCACAACAACAAAUGCUUCAUCCACCACUACCACAACAGUCAGCACUGCCGUUGGAGAUGCUCAAAAGAGAAAGAGUAAGUGGGACUCCGCCAUCCCGGUAACAACAAUAGCUCAGCCCACCAUCCUCACCACGACUGCAACGUUGCCAGCUGUUGUCACAGUAACCACCAGCGCAAGCGGCUCCAAAACCACAGUUAUCUCUGCUGUUGGCACCAUAGUGAAAAAAGCAAAGCAGUGACAAGUGCAUUGAGACUUGACCUGGGCUUCCAGACUGAAUUCUCGUUGAAGGCACCACCCUUUGAAGGGGACAAGGAGAGGGCCACUCUUAUUUGCUCAAUACAAAAUGGCAAGACUUGAAAACAGACCCAACGUGCUCCCCGCUAACCCCAUUAAGGAAAGUGGGGAAAGCAGGAAUAUCAGGUGUGUGCACACAGGACUGACCUUCAUAGAAAGGAGUUUCUCAAUCGCAUGUUACUGCUGGAAUAACCAGUCGCUCUGUAGUGUGCUGAAGGACAGUGGUGUGCAAUGUGUCAGCUUGUAAAUGUUAGCUCAUUUAAGUGCUGUAUUGUCACUUUUAUGGCUUGGAGAGUCUUAUCCCUAUUGGAAAUCUGAAUUUUAAAAAAAAAUGGGAAAAUGUCAGUCAUUCCCUUGCAUCUCAGGCCAAGCUUUAAAGAUUGUUGCCCUAUGACUUGGUCUCCCCCACGUAUACACGCUCUGCCUCAAGAGAAUUCACACAGAAGGCUGAUCAGCAUCCUUGCUCGUAAGCAUAGCUGAGAUGUGAGUGUAUAAUCUACAUGUAUGAAUUUAGACUCAUUUCUUUGCAAUUGGUAUUCACAUCUGUAACCUACGUGCAUAUCCAUGUAGCUUUUAUUUCAGUAAUCAGGUGUUUAAAAAGCAUUGGAAUUUUUGGAUAUAAAAUAGUGAAAUAGUCAGGUUUUGCUAGCCUCUUACAGAGAUGGAGACCCCCUGUGCAGAACCUGGACUGUAGGUGUCACAUUUGUGAAGUCAGAGCGUGCAUUUGGAGAGAGCUGCUGAGAGAAAUUUUGUCACCAUGGAGUAAGAUCAGAUACCAGAUCGUCAGAGGAAAGUGUUCCUAAUGUAGAAGCCUGUGGUGUCUAUGUAUAAUGUAGUGACUUAUACUGUCAAACACACAGCACUGCUUUUUGCUCCACUGUAGUGAAAAGGAUACUGUCAACUUAAAUUUUAUUGUGGGGGGGGGGGGGAGACCUUCUUACCUAUGUUACUAAAAAUUCUUCGUUAUAAAAAUGGGAAAUUUAAAAAUUCCUGUGUCCUUUUCAUAUCUUACUAUGUGCAUUUCUCUGACCGGCUAAUGAAAAAAUCAUUUUCACUUCUGGUGUUGAUACCUGGGUUGCAAAUGCUGCAGGGCAGUGUUUCCUUUAAAACUUUCCCCUGUGGAAUUUUAAGAAAUCAUGGAAACAUCUUUGGUCUCAAUCAACAGACAAAAUUCUAUUUUCUGGAAAUACUUUGUGUUUAUAUCCUUUUUUAAAGAUUUCUCAGCUCUUUCAUUAUAAAACCCAUUUUCUAGGAUUGAUACCUCAACUGUUCUUAAAAUUAUGAUGAUUGUAAACUUGCGUCAGUUUUUCUUAAUUUUACCAGAAGUCAGCCCCUAAUAAUACAUAGUGUUUUGUAGAAUCCUUUUCAUCCAUAGUUCUCAAAAUACUUUACCAGGAGUGAAGCGACUUCCCCAAAGUCAACUAGAAAGCCAGUGAAAUACUGUUUAAUCUGGGUGGGUGGAUGGAAUAAUUUACACUGCUGUAAUUGUUCGAAGAAAUCACUACUAAAUUGUUUGUUGUACCAGUCCCUAUAGGAUAGUUUUUAGUGCACUUGAUUGCUAACUCAGCAUUAAUAAAUACCAAUUCCCUUCAGCUUCAAUAUUCCAGAUGUUGCAGAUUGUAUUGAA